CCUCCUCAGAUCUUGGAGACUGAAACUUCCUGUCCGAAAAAACCCAUGCUUUAUCUUCGUUUUUGACAUGCUGAUUGACCAAUAAAGAGUGAGAAAGAAUUAAUCCCCCGCCCACUAGGCGGGCCAAGUGGACCAAUUGAGUUUGGAGACUGAGUGGAACCCUGAUGAUCUUGGAGAACAGAAUAAGGAGAUGAAAAAGACCAACGGAAGGAAAACAAAAAAGAGUUGGCAUUUUUGUAGAGGUGUGGACAACGUUUCUUAUUAGAUUCAAAUUUUUGGUCCUUGUCUUUUUUUUUUUUUUAAUUUAGUGUCUUCUGUUGAAAGGGAAAUAAAAAUAUCCUUUGUCCUUCAAAAAAAAAAAGUUGGCAGAAUCAAAGAACUUCCUCGUUCACUCUCCUUUCGGAGUAUGUUAUGUGCUAUAUAUCCCUAACAGGACCUGAGUGAGCAGUGGGAAUCAGAAACUUCAGGUAAGUUGAGGUGGACCCCAGUUUCAUUUGAAGGGGAAAGUGUCCUGCGCUUAGGAGAAUAGUUAGAAAGAAAAAUGUGAGAAAUAACGAGAAGCCUUCCAUCCCCCAAAUGUAAAAACAGAAAGAACAUCUUGGAAAGACUGUUAGCGUCUGGUUACCAUGGAAACCAAUGGCUUAGUGGCUCACGUGGUUACGAGUUGAAGCGACCCAGGAAAAAAAGUUAUCCUCAAGUGAUUUCAUGUGGGUAGGGUAUCUGUAUGACAGUUGUUUCCUAUGACAUCAAAAAAUGAACAAGAUCUUAUUGGCUACAAUCAAUUUCCUUGCCUAUACCAUACAUCAAUGUGGGGAUCUAUCUUGGCUUCAGUGAAAGAACAACUCCCAUCUUUUGACUCAGAUUCUUCCUCAUCAGAUAGCGAAGAUGGGGAAUUAUUCAUCUUCCAGCGAGAUGAAGAAAAUUUGAUUCCGGACUUAACUGAAGAACUAGCAGAUGACCCAGAUAUCCAGCUUCUGGAAUCUGUGACCAACAUUGAAAAGAACUGGAAUGAAAUAAAGGAUUCAGCCAUUUUUGAAGGGAAGGAUGCUAGUGAGUUUUUGGUGAUUCGCCCAGCGAUUAAAGACACUGAAGAGAUUCCGUCAGAUCCUCAUCUCAAGGUCCCUAAAGAAAGUACCAAGUGGCAGAAAGGAGACACCUGGGAUUUCUUUAGAUCUAGGGCUCAUGCUCUUAUCAAGGGAUCACAGGUGGAAGAGUUCCCAACUUCAGCCUGUCCAACAGGUCUACUAACUGACAAUUUAAGGAUUUGUAACUUUUCUCCCUCUGAAGAGUCAGAUUCCUCAAGCAUAAAGGUUAUCAGAAAAGAGAGAAGAAAGAUGAUAGAGAAGAAUAUACUUCAUAAGGAAAUCAAGGUGUCUCCACUUGAAAAUUUAAAUUAUCUACAAUUCAAAAAACCUGAAAUCCAUGAAUCCUCAGAAUCAAUUGGUAUAGAAGAAAAAAUGCCAGCCAAACAUGAAGGCUUGACACUACGGUAUCUUGAGAAACUCGAAGAGUGGGAUUUGGAUAAAAUACUUCAAAACCUGGAGGCACGAAAAGGCCAAGGAAAAUGUACAACAGGAGCUACAUAUUGGAAAGUUCACUCUUCUUUUAAAGACCGAGGAAGUCUUACAUCCAAAUCUCAGGAAAAGCUUAUGGAGCAGCUAGUCGCCCUGUGUGCCAAACAGUCUCAAAACAGUUUACCUGUACCCCAUGAGAAGCCUUCUGACAAGCUUUUCUACCCUAUAGAAGACCAGAUCCAAAGCAGAAGUUCUUGGUGUAGAUCACCCCUAACCCCUGGGCAAUGUCAAGAUGUGGCUAAAGACACAAAGCUGAAGUGGCCAGUGGAGCCUCCUACUGUUUUCAUUGACCUCAGGCAGCCUGAGCCACAGAAAUCAGUGCCUCUGCCUCAGUCAGACUACAAAUUCCAGAAUCAAGAAGAUGAGCUAAGCUCUAGUGAUAGUUCCACAGAAAAUGAGGAGGAAACUCCAGAUGAGAGAGAUGAGAAAGGAUCCAGAAAGAGAGUAUCCCAAAGACCCAGGGAUCAUACUGGGAAAAGUUACCUGCUACAACAGCUCCGUGCUUUCCAGAGGGAGACUGCUGAGGCCUGUGGCCCUGAAACUAAAGUGGCUGCCCAGCAGGGUCACAGUACUCAGAAUCUUGAGACUUCUGAAGAUGUGGCCAUGUCAGGAAUCAGGAAAAAACAACUGAUAACAAGAGAGUCCCAAGAGAACACAUCAGGGAGCCUGGGUAGAUCCAAACACCUUCCUCUUCUAGACCCAAAGGCCAAGCAGGGAAGAGAAAACCAAAAGGGCACCAGCAGGAGUCCAGGCUCAGAAAGAUUUACUGAGGAGCUGGUAACUCCUCUGACCAAAAAAGAGAAAUCUCCAGCAGUUGGAAGAAGUAAUGUGGGAUGUUGACUGUCUACCUAACUUUUAAGAGCAUUCACCAACAAGAAGCCUGCAACUUCUCUCAAAGAAGUAAUUCGAAUAAGUGAUCCCUUGGCACAACAAAAUGAGUUGACUUCAUGGAAGGGAUAGAGAGAGAAUUUCAUAUCAGUCUCAUGCCCUGCCACUAGAUAAAAGCUCCAGGAUACAAACACCAAUGUAAUAUAUUCAAUAUCCUGGCAAAGAUUAGAAUCCUCCAACGUGACUACUUAUACCACCAAGAAGCCAUUAAGCUGUUUCAUUGACAAAAGAGGCCAUGUUUUCCCAUAGUAAUCCAUGUGUUUGCAGGCAAAUGAGGAAACCUAUCACAGCCUUUGACACUUGCCAGGUUAUGAGAGCGACAAAUUAGAAGAGUCAUUCUUCAUGUCACUCAGAUUUCUCUCUGCUUCUUGGAAGUAAGGAGAUCAGAGCCAUGGCCCAUCAUACACUGAAUAUGCUCUAACCAUGGCCCUUUUUGUGCAUGAGCUAGGGAAGCAGCAGAAGACCCAGUCACCAGCUGAAUAAAUACUACGCUGAGGAACGGAAUUUAAACUAGUUUCCAAGUAGAAUAAAAGAAAACCAGAAGGGGACUUGUAGUUUUGACUGUGACCAGACUUUUGAAUAGCUGUGGCUUCCCUGGGUCUCCCACUUCAUCCACGGCCAUAUGUCCCUAGACUAACUUAGGAUCUAAGAUCUAACUAAGGAACUCUUUAGCCUGAUGGUUUUGUCUGAUGUUAGUAUUGAAUUGCCCAACAGUCCACUAUCCUGGCUUCUUCAAGUUUUUUAAAAAUUCCAUUCUUUUUUCCUUUAAUAUUAGAAAAUAUAUUAAAUAAAUGAUAACAUAUUUCUCAAAUAAGUAGAAAAUAAACUUUUCAAGGUCAACAGCAUCUCCAGAUGAUCUCUUUGUUAAGGAAAUUAAGUUAAUGAGCUUAAAGAAAAAUUGCCUUUUAGGGCUAAGUACCAUUAAGCUAAGAUAUCUUUUGCAAGAUUUUUAAGUGAGACAAUUCUUAACAGUAUGUCUAGUAAAUGUUUUAACAUCCAGCUCUCUGAAAACUCAUAGCACAUUUUAACUUCAAUCUGCAUGAUUUAUAUUGUAUCCAUUAUUUAAAUCUAGACAACCAUUAAAACAGAUCAAACCCUGAUUUGUCCUUUGUUGAUUUCCAAGGUAUAGUUAACAACUGAUAGAACUGCUAUGAGCUGGCCCCAGCAUACCUCUGAGCUUUAUUAGUUUUUUCAGUUAUCAGUUUGACCAAAUUGGCCAGAUUGUUCUGUUCUCAUGGUUUGAUCUUAGUACUUCCUGUAGAGGAUAUUCUGUUAUAUAUCAUUUGUUUUAUCUUUUGUGUUUUAUCAGCCCAUAUCUGAGGUCCAAUCCCUAAAUAGAAUCUGAGCAACACUGUCAUGCCUGUCAGUAUUUGCUACAUCAAAGCAGUGCAUCUUACAAUCAUGUGUUCAAUUAUUUCGCUUGUCAACAUUUAUUUCCUAUAAGAAAAAUGUUUUGUUUGUAAAGGAGACAAAGCUCUUCUCUAUGAAAGAAAAAUAAGACAUUUUAAUUAUAUUUCACAGGAAAUAAAAUUCCCAA